CUCUUUAGAAGAAGUUAUGAGAACACAACUAAAGUUCUCGACUCACUUUCGAAAACUCCUAAAUACGACAAGCGGAUACGGCCCUACCACGAAGGUAGGGUGUUAUUUUGCUCAUUUAGACUUUCAGUCAAUGACUAAUACCCCAUUCACACCAGCAAAACAUGUUUUGUUAAACUGGUUUUCAUUGAAUGAAAAUUAUAAACAGAGGAAAAACUUGAUUUUCCAUUGGAUUUUGCUACAUUCAAGUCAAAAAUAUUCGGUUAAAUAGUGUCAUUUAAACUGUGUUUAACAAAACAACUUUUAAACAUGUUUAAGCUUUGGUGUGAAUGGGGCAUAAGUGAGUCAGUCGGUUUAUAAGUCAGCCUGUCAAUCACUCAGGCUAUCAGUGGUUCUUUAUGUCAAAGUUUUUGUCUGUCCACCAGUUAUCCAGUUUGCCACUCACCAAUGUAGUAGGUUCGUCAGACAAUAAGUUGGUAAGUCAAUCUGUCAGUCAUUGCAGCUAUAGUCUUUCCCUAAGUCAGCCGGUCAGUUCGUCAAUAACUUCUUCAAUUCAUAGUUAGUCAAACAUUCACGCACUCGAUAGGGCAGACUCUCAGUCACGUAGUUACUUAUGUACACACUAGUCAUUAAGCUCAUCCCUCCGUCAGUCAUUCAAUCAGUCAGAAAGCAGUCGGUCUUUCAGUGAGUCAGUUGUUCAGUCAGUAAGUUGUUCAGUCAGUCAGUUGUCCAGGUACUUGUUUGAGUCAGUAAGUUGUACAGUUAGUCGUCAGUAAGUCGAGCAAUCAAUCAGUUAGUCAGACAAUUAUUCAAUAAAGUCCGAAGGCACGAGCAUUGUUGUUGAAUCUCAUCAGUGAGAUAAUUUCCCCACAGGUCCACCUUUGAACAUUUCAGUUUACAUGACAGUCGUUUCGUUUGGUGCAAUAAAGGAAAUAAACAUGGUACGUGACAAAGUGAUUUUUUAAAAUGUUGAAAUGUAGAGGAAAAUAGCUGUAGAGCGACCUUCGUGAGGAAUGCACUUGUAUGGAUGACAAGCAGCUUUUCAGUCCAGCUGAUGUAUUUUUUCCAUCAUACUUACGAGUUUUUUGAGCGAUUAAUUUAGAAAAUUAUCUGUGAAUUAGGAAAAAAUACAACACAAACAUAUAUUUCAUAAACUGUUUGUUUCUUUGAUAGGAAUAUACCCUAGAUAUAUUUUUCAAGCAAGCUUGGAACGACCCACGAUUGAAGCAUGAUCUAAAGAAACCAAUUCUUCUUUCUGGAAGUGAAAAGGUCAAGUUCUGGCUUCCAGACACAUUCUUUCUGAAUGUAAAGACAGCCAAGUUUCACCAUGUUCCUGCUGCUAAUAGCAGAGUUGUGAUUAAACCGAACGGGGAUAUUGAACUCAGUGAGAGGUGAGAAGCUUUUACUCUAAAUGUUUAAUUGUAUCCUUUGAAACGAACCGCGAAACGUUAUAUUUUGAUCUCUCUCCUAAGAAUUUAAACCUCUAAAUAGCCAGAAACUUAUCAUUUUUGUGAAGUCAAUCCAGCUUCGUUGCCUUUGCUGUACAUUUUGAGAUUGUCACCCCACUUGUAAAAACGAUUGACUUUUUCGUCUUCUUUCUCUUCUUAUCCUAAAGGCUUACAGUUUCUGCGUCAUGUAGGAUGAAUUUAAGAGAGUAUCCACUAGACACUCAGACGUGUGUUCUUGAAAUUUUAAGCUGUGAGUAUUAUUAACCUUUCUAACUAUGACAAAUUUCUUUGUAAAUUUAUUUAGGAUGUCUUGGUUUUAAAUGUCCUCAUCACUUUUUCGGUGGGUAAUACAAUGAUAAUCGACAGAAAUGUUAGAUUUCAAUCAGCUCUGACAUUUAAGACGUUCACUUGGUUCAUUGUUUUUGCUUGAAUUAUCUUUUCCCUUAUUUUCCAAAACGUAUUCGGCAAUUUACUGUUUUCUUGGUUUUUCUAGACUCAUAUGACAUUAAUGACAUGGAUUACCAUUGGGACGACGAGAAUGCAGUUAUAAUAUUGGACGAUGAAAUGUCAGAGUUCGAACUGGCUAAUGCGCAAAGUGAGCGAAAGCUUGUGAAAUACGUCAUAGGUAUGCCUUUAAGGAAUCUUUUUCCUCAUUCACCUUUUCCCAUGGAUUCAUAUUCAUUUAACCACACCAGUGAUUCGAAAACAUUAAUUACAAAUUCAAAGUGAGAGUACUUUCUGUUGUAACUAAAGUAAGUAGAUAUGCCUUUUUAUACUGUCUCAGAUUUUUUUUUUCAAGAUUGGCAAUUUUGUUUAAAACGUGUAAUACCGUUAUGAGUCUAAUUACAAAAGCACGUGCAGUUUUCUUUAAUCGAAAAAAUGUCUCCUUUGAAUUUUACCCUCUUUAUGUUACAUGAAGAUUUACUUUAGGUAGUUGAAGUAGUCGUUGUUUAGUGACGCCAAAAAAUAAUGGAUAGUUUAUAGAAGUAAAUUAAUCAAACUUCCAUUUCAUCAGUUAAGUUACACUGGAGUGAACGAGUUGGUCAGUUUAUAAGAGUCUAUAUCGCGAUGGUCCUUAGUAUGUGAAAUCCCCAUUAAGCUUAAGAAAAACGAAUUAUAAUCUCUAGGGAGAUGGAUAUAUGUUAGCUCUACCAAGUUUAACUUGCUGUUGAAUUAAGUUGAUAACUCAGCAAGUUUAAGUGAAUUUCAAUGCAAUCUUAAGAAAGGUAUUCUCAAGAAUCAUGGUUUCAUUUAAUUUUUCACUAUCAAUAAUUUCAAAAUACUUCAUUUCAAAUUAUGUUUGUAAUUCACUUAAUCAUUUCAUGACGCAUGCACAUUUUGAACGAGUUAUAGCCCCUGUUCGAUACAUGUAUUGUAUAGAACUUUAUUGUUUUGUUUUGUCUCCAGUAAAUGUAGCAAUCUGAAGAUUUUUUAUCUUUACAGGUACUUACACCCAUUUGGUCGCAAAGUUUGUUUUCAAAAGAAGACUGGCAUAUUCGUUCAUUCAAAUCUAUUCUCCAACGUUCCUCAUCGUCGUUCUUUCAUGGUUGUCAUUCUGGAUUUCUAAAGACGCAGUUCCCGCGAGAAUUGCUCUUGGGAUUACCACAGUUUUGACCAUUGUUACACUCAUGGGUUCACUCAGAAAUUCUGUCCCUAAGGUAAGGUAAUGAUUAUCUUGCAUUAAUCUUACUUUUACCCUUCUUAUAUCUUUUUUAUAGAAAAGAUGCAUGACUUAGAGGCAAAGGGAAAUAAUUGGAAAGUUCUGGCUGCAGGCAGCCACCACUUUCCCAGAUUUGGUCAUUGGUUUCUUGUUGUAAUGUUGAGGAAUGCUCUCAUCCAAUCACAUUCGAAGUGUUAAAAACAGCUCCCCACAUUUGGUUGUUGUAGGAAAUAUAGAGAAUUAGAGGAGGUAUGAGAUGAUUGGUUUUUGCCUGGAAAAAUUUUGCAUCCGCGCUAAGAUCAUUUUCGGAAAGAGGACAUGGUCGCUUGUCCACACACACGCAAAAAAAUGUCCGUAGGCAGUAAUAAUAAAGCUAUAGUUAUCUCUCCAAAGGUUUCUUACAUCAAGGCAAUCGACUCAUAUCUCAUUGUCUCCUUCAUCUUCGUCUUUGGUGUCCUACUAGAAUACGUAGCAGUUCUAAUGCAUAGCGAAAGAAAACGAAUGAAGGCAAGGAAGAAACAAAAUUCAUCAUCAAAAGAUUAUGCAUUAGCGGAAAUGGAGAUAGAAAAUUUUAGUGCUAAUGCAGCUCCAAAUCAUACAAACACUCCCCUUGUAUCCCGCUCGAGAUCAGCACACAGCCUACCACCACAGAGGUCACCGUCUUCGUAUAGUUUACCAGUGCGUCCAGUAUCGUCAUACAGUUUACCACCGAAAUCUGUCCUUCGAAGUUCUUACCCACGUCAGGUCAGUACUGAGUAACGCAGACAGAGCAGGCCGAUCGUUAGGAAUACUUAAAAUUUUUCGUUAUAAAACAUGAAAAUGAGGAACCUUUGACGACUAUGGAAGAAGUUGGUUGAGGAGUGGGAAUACAUUUUUUAACUAUCAAUUUGUAAACCUUUCUACAUUGAUCGUACAAGUGAAAGAAAAGCCCGGAUGACAACAACAACAACUAACGAUAACAAUAACAAAAAUUACUCGUUUCUUAUUCUUCCUAUGUGAACAACCACAAGCCAAGACUUUUACAGACAUAUAAAAACCAAACUUGUCCAUGGAUGCUUACAUGGCUCAACAUAUUUCUAUAAUGUCCUGAAUGUAAGCCCAGGAGAGAUUCUUACAGUUGACAUCCAUUGUUUCGUGUGAUUUUGUUUCAGAACGUUCCUGGACCAGCUAUCCAACACAGUCCUUACACGACCAAUCCACCUAGAACAACCAUCAUACAAUGUAUCCCCAGCUUCUGCUUAGCUCUUGGGUCAAAUAGUGAGGUGGAUAUCUUUGACAGGAUUGCCCGAAUAAUUUUUCCUUUGAGUUUCUUUGUGUUCAACAUUGGUUAUUACUUCAGAUAUUCAAACUAA